AUGAAAGCGCGACUGCAAAGAUCAGAUUCAAAGAUCAGUCCAGAAAAUUUUGUCCAAGAGGCUACAAAGGAUGCCAAUCAGCGCUAUUUGGCCGUUCUAGCAGCCGGAAGUCCCCGUUUAUCUGCUCUCUGUUCCCCAGCAAGGAAAGUCUGGCCAUAUCUUUCUUCCUCACAAGUCUGGUGA